AUGGCGAGGGACUCCUCGGACGAAGACCUGGAGGUGGCCCAGAUCGCAUGGGUCCCGAUGGAUCUGGGGCACCCAGGACCACCCUCCCCGCUACCCUCGCACCCCAUCCCCCCUCGAGGGAGCAUUGUGGCGCUGCCGUCUCCGGGGGCUUUCUCUCCAGCCGCCGUCCCCUUUGUCCCGGAGGGAACCAUCCGCUACCAGCCGGAGGGAUCGAGCGGGUCAUCGUACAUCGGAGGGCAGAUGCCAAGCGGGACAAGGCCCGACUCUCUGGGCGAACCCUUCCACGCGCGGCUGCAGCCAGACGGGUCUCGCCGAAGAGCAGAAAGUGAACCCCAAGAACAGGCUGGCGGCCGGCCAAUCCCGCCUCUCUCCUUGGAGAUCGGCAGAGUCCAGCCUGAAGGCUCAGGGUACAGCACCCCAACUUUGCGGUCUCCGGUAGAGCUGCGCCCCUUGUCCCCUGGAUCUGGCAGCUCCUCCUCCCUGUCCAGCCUGUCUCCCUCCAUGAAACUUAGCCAGUCCCCAAGCAGGGGGGCUCUUCCUGACCUCUGCGCCUUGGAUCCUCUGUCUUCGGGCAUCCUGGCCACUGUGGAACUGAAGGACUCCCUCCCCAAGGCCGAAUCCAGUGACCACAUCUGCCUGAGCCGGCCGGCCUCGUCCCACCGGCUGGGGUCUCUCUCCAAAGCCAUCUCCAGCGAGUAUCUGUCAGGGGGCAGGAUGGGGCCUUCCAAAUCCGCCAUGCUCUCCAAAGCCGAGUCAGAGGAACUGACCUCCUACUCCAGGGUCCGUCUGUCACCCCAACUGCAAGACCCGCGGAGCAGCAAUACCAACCGCGCAGAGAACUUUCUGGAAAGAUUUGGCCGGCCACAAACAAGGCAGGACAAGGAGUUCCGCAUCACGGUGGUGACGUGGAACGUCGGCAGCUCCAUGCCCCCCAGCGACGUGGCCUCCCUCUUGCACCUGGACUCAGGGGACUCCAGUGACAGCGACAUGAUUGCCAUCGGGUUGCAGGAGGUGAAUUCCAUGCUCAACAAACGCCUGAAGGACGCGCUCUUCACCGACCAGUGGAGUGAGCUUUUCAUGGAGGUGUUGAGCCCCUUUAACUUCGUCCUGGUGAGCACGGUACGGAUGCAAGGAGUUAUCCUGUUUGUCUUUGCAAAGUAUUACCACCUGCCUUUCCUACAGAACAUCCAGACAGACUGCACCCGGACAGGGCUGGGCGGUUACUGGGGCAACAAGGGAGGGGUGAGUGUCCGGUUGGCCAUCUUCGGGCACAUGGUUUGCUUCUUGAACUGCCACCUGCCGGCACACAUGGAGAAGGCGGAGCAGCGUAAGGAGGACUUUACCACCAUCCUCCACCUGCAGCAGUUCGAGGGGCCCUCGGCCAACGGCAUUCUCGACCACGACCUCGUCUUCUGGUUUGGGGAUCUCAACUUCCGCAUUGAGAGCCUGGACAUCCGCUACGUGAAGUACGCCAUUGACAACAGCAUCCUCCAUCAGCUCUGGGAGAAGGACCAGCUUAACAUUGCAAAAACCACGUGGCCCAUUCUGAAGGGCUUCCAAGAAGGAUUCCUCAACUUCCCCCCGACCUUUAAAUUUGACGUGGGAACUAACAUGUAUGACACCAGCGCCAAGAAGCGGAAGCCGGCUUGGACAGACCGUAUCCUAUGGAAAAUCAAAAGCGGUGGCCACCCAGUGCAUUCUGGGAGAUCCAGCGGUGGGAACUUGACUGUGACCCAGCUCUGCUAUUGCAGCCAUAUGGAGUACACUGUGAGCGAUCACAAGCCCGUGGUCUCCGUUUUUGCAGUACUGUUUGGUUCCCGAGCUGAUAUACCCCUGGUGGAGAUGCAAGUGGCGGACGAGUGGACCAAGCCGGAGCAAGCCGUGGUCCGUUACAGGACGUCCUUAGUUUUCCACCGCAGCUCCUGGGAUUGGAUCGCCCUCUAUCGGGUGGGUUUCCGGCACUGCAAGGACUACAUAGCCUAUGUAUGGGCCAAGCAGGAAGAUACAGAGAGCCACCUCUACCAGCUAAGCUUUCCCGAGGAGUGCCUGCCUAAAGGGAAGGGCGACUACAUCCUUGGCUACUAUAGCAACAACUGCAGCUGCAUGGUGGGAGUCACAGAUCCCUUCCAGAUCUCCUUGCCCACCUUGGAACAAGUCAGCAGCGCCACAGACAGCACCAACAGCACCUCUGAAGAGGACGAUGACAGCACGCUGGUGCUCCUCGGCCCCAAAUCCCGCAGCCCCAGCCCCGGGAAGAUGCACCGCCACCGCAGCCGCAGCCCCAGCCUGGCCAAGUUCCAGGGGCUGCUCUUGCGAUCCACCAGCCGAGACCAAGGGGCCAGCCGUAGCCCCUCGCCCCAAGGACGCCGCCAUAGCACCAUCCUGAAGGCGGACAUUCCCAGCAUCCAGUUUUCCAAGGACAGCCCACGGCACCGCUCCAAGUCGCGGGAGAUGGUGCAGAACGCCCAGGCCUCCUCCUCCUCCUCCUCUACCUCCAAUGCCUCCCAGUCCCGGACAGGCUGGCGCUUCGAGGAGACUCCGCCGUCCCGGGCCGAUCCCCGGAAUCUGGGCUUGCUGCCUGCUGUGCGCUUGGAGACGGUGGAUCGUGUCAUGGGGUCCCGGCGUGACAGCACUGACCCGAGCCUGCCUGGACGAAGGAUGAGCCCCACCAGCCCCACGGCAGGGCUUGCGGCCCUCUUUAGUACUUCCCCACAAGAGGGGGCACCCCACGAUCCCCACAGCUACAGCUGUGAAACCAGACACUAA